GAUGGCUUAAGCGUUACUUAUUUUCCCCCCUCUUUCCUCCAAAUGUUAUAAUAUGGGCAGCGUUGUUUCAUCUCCAAACAACAGCACGGAUUCAGACGACUGCCUCAAGCUCGUCUUGUACAUAUUGCCUAUCUUGAAAGAGCUCACCAGUCACUUGGAGAAGAGUUUGGAUCCACGUGAUAGGCGAUAUGGGUAUUUAGGCAAUAUAUACACGGCCGCCACGGUAUUGAACGGCCAUCUUGGCGCCAUCAGAGAAGCCGAAAAGACACACUGGUUCGUAGGGCAGAUCGCAAGUUUGGCCGACUUACUUGAGGAAGUCUUUGACAAUGUUAUCAAUUUUACACUACUCCAAAAGGCACAUGUAUGAAGCCAUCAGAUACUGGUAUAGCUUAUCCACCUUGAUGCCGCUAACUGACCGAUCUCAAGGAAUCUCAUGACCCAUCAUGCAGGCACCCUCGGCUUCGGGCUAUGCAAAAGCUUGUCCCCAAGUCUGACAACUGGGAAGAAGGAUUAGCAAGAUUACAUAUUAUACCCAUCGAAGACCAUACCAUCGCAUGGGGAUCUCUACAAGAUGCCUUGGAGAAGCUGUCGGAUGAUCUUCAACGAUUCGGAGAUGAUGUACCGAGCAUUGACAGACCACAACCACCCAUGACUUCCCUAGAACCAUCAGGUGAACUCGUUGCAUUCGCCGAUCGCGUCUUUUCCUCGGUGCACGUAACUUGUAACAGGUGUGGAAGUGCACCUCAGCGUGAAGUAAGGCUUAGGAUUGGAACCUACAGAAGGGGGAAGCGACGUCAAGACCAAGAGGUGAACUGCUUGAGUAUAUUGCUCGCGCCCGAUGCAGCUGAACACAACUGGCAUGAGAUCUCAGUUCACGACAUUCAACAACCGAGACGAAAAGCGAAGGUCGGGUUUGCUGGGCUAGAAGGGAUACCAAAGUCCACAGAACUAUGGCGAAUUGACAAUCCAAAGACUUAUCAAUGCAUUUGCACCCUCUUAGAUACUCAUUCAAAAUCCAGAUCCGAAUUCUGGAGGCUGAACAUAAUUUUGGGCCCUAUAGGUGAAGGUAUGCAGAGCCAUAAGCCUGAUGAGAGAAGACACAAGCGUGAAACAUUACAAGAAGAAGUGGAUCUCAACACUCUCAUAUCAUCUCAAGCCAAAAGAUGGACAGCAAUGGCAAAAUUCACUCUCAGCCUCACGCUCUGCUACUCUCUCUUCCAUUUCUAUGGGGGAUCCUGGACGAAAGAACGAUGGAGCCGAAAGAAUAUCGUAUUCUUCGGGGACGGCACACAGUUCCCUUUGCGACCCUUUUUAUCAUCUGAUCCUCAAAAGUUGGGUGGUCCACUAUAUGAUCCGGAUGGCUACCACAAGUAUCCCGAAUUACUUGAGCUCGGCAUGACUCUGCUUGAGAUCCACCUUGGGCAAAAAUUGGAGUCAUACCUGGGGUACGAAGAGGACAUUACCAACUACGACGAUCUUUGGUGCAAGGCUUUGGAACUAUUCAAAGAGUUGCGGCCCGACUUCAUUUCGACUGUAUAUCGGGAUGCAAUCCAAAAAUGCCUGAUGGCAAACUUUUCCAUUAGUGACGCGUGUGAUGAGCAAAUGCUGCGAGACUCACUUUUCAACGAUGUCGUGAAGCCUCUUGAAGCAGAAGUCGGGAUGAUCUUUAAAGAGUUCUUGUCGAUGGAUGCCCUUGAUGAAGAAGCAGAAAGGAAAAUUAACCUUGGAUCAAAAGCAAAGAGCAUGAACCGUCAUGCUCAUUCCGGAAUCACUAACACACACUCUCUUCAAUCUAAUUAUGAUGAUACUUCUUCCCUCCUGAAUAAGCAACGCACAUCACCUCAGCCUCAAAAGGCCGUUCUUACUAUCUCUACGGUCCGUUUACGUCCAGCUUCCCGCGACGAUUUCGAAAUCGCAAUUGUCUGUGCGCUGCCGCUCGAAUAUGACGCCGUCUGCAUCCUCAUAGAUGAGUUUUGGGAUGAGGAUGGCGACCAGUAUGGAAAGGCUACGCGAGACCCAAACAUAUAUACAACUGGGAGGAUUGGCAAGCAUAACAUUGUUCUAGUACUAUUACCAGACAUGGGAAAAGUUGGUGCGGCCAGUGCAGCCGCAAGUCUUCGAUUGAGCUUUCCAGAACUGAAGCUCCUCCUGUUAACUGGUAUAUGUGGCGGCGUACCUAGUCCUGGAACUGCAAAGGAGCUUGUUCUUGGAGACGUCGUUCUGAGUACGUCUGUUUUCCAGUACGAUUUCGGGAGACGUCAUGGCGAUAAGUUCGUGCCCAAAGAUACCUCAACAGACAGUCUUGGAAGGCCCAGCAAAGACAUCCGAAGUCUGCUCAAAAUUUGCGACACAACCCGAGGACGAAGACAGCUUGAGAAGCAGGCAGCCUUCUACCUGGAUUAUAUACAGAACAGCGCCUCCACAGAACACUCUAUAGAACAGUAUCUGAGUCCCGGAGCUGCAAAUGACAAGCUGUUUGAGGCUACUUACAUCCACAAACACUACGACGAACCACAAUGUCUCUGUAAGAGUCCUCAUGAGACUUGUGAUAAUUCUCGAAAAUUAUCUUGUCAUAAAUUACAAUGCGACGAGAAGUUUCUCGUUGAAAGGCGUCGGAUAAAGCAUAAGCUUCAGCUGGAACAACAAGGAUGUCGCAAGGAGGCUCAAGCACCUGCGAUAUUUCUCGGAUCCAUAGGAUCGGGAGACACGGUAAUGAGAUCUAGUGAGGACCGCGAUCGAAUCGCGGAAGAACACGAUCUCAUCGCAUUUGAGAUGGAGGGGGCGGGCGCUUGGGAUGAGCUCCCUUGUAUUGUUGUGAAGGGCAUUUGUGACUAUGCUGAUAGCCAUAAGAAUAAGAUAUGGCAGCAUUUUGCUGCUGCUACGGCAGCAUCGGUUAUGAAAGCCCUUCUUGAGAAGUACACAUAGAUAGAAAGAUUCUGAUAAUACUGUGAUAGAUAAAUUGUAUCAUUGGAUGAUAGGUACGCGGCACGCAUAGUUGGGGCAAUGCCUGGUUUGCAUUCCACAGCCUUGUUUCUCA